GCAUCCAGUCAGAAAUCGCAAUUUCAUGCUUGAGAGCUUUAAGAACGGAGCACCUCUCGAGAAUCCACGUUCUUGUCACCAAACACACACUCUCUUCUCUUCUCUUCUCUUCUCGGUGCCUAACCAAAGCCACUCUUUUCUUCCAUUAUCCGCAAAAUGUUCUUCUCUACUUCCUCCACUGCGCUGGCCGCUCUGGUCCUUGCACCUCUGGCACUUGCUGCCCCUGCCACUUCUCCCAACCCUGCUCUGUAUGAGAGAUCCCUGAACUCUGGUAAGGGUACUUGGUAUGGCAUGAGCUGUGGCGAAGAAGCUUGCUGGCAGCAAGGCGCUUGCGCUUUCACCGAUUACGUCCUCCCCUCUUCCAUCGCUGGUUCUACCUGCGUUUCUGAGACCAUCUGGAACAACGGCCAAAACUGUGGUGGCUGCGUAUCUAUCACUUACAAGGGAGGGGCAAAGAAGAUUGCCAUGGUUACCAACAAGACUGGUGGUGAUAAGAACCACCUGGACAUGUCUCCCAACAUGUUCUCAAAGAUCGCCAAGAAGAAUCUUGGCGAGAUUCCCAUCGAGUGGGAGUUUGUUCCUUGCCCCAUCACCGAUGGUCUUCAGAUCAAGAUGCACGGUGGAUCUUCCCAAUACUGGUUCGCUGCUACCGUCAUGAACGCUCGUCUGCGUACCUUCAAGCUUGAGGUCAGCGCCGACAGCGGUAAGACCUGGAAGUCUACUACUAGGAAUGUCAACAACUUCUUCGAGAUCACUGGUGGUACUGGCACCAAGACUGCCUGGGUCAGAGCUACUUCUGAGAAUGGCGACACCGUCGUCGUCAAGGACGUUGACAUGUCUUCUGGCAAGACCACCAAGAGUACCGUUAAUUAUAAGGCUUAAAUUGAUCUGAAGUGGUCGCUUUCCUGGGGUGAUGAAGGAAGGGUGUAGCUGAGUGGAAGAGUAGAGGAGAUUCUUUGUGAAACAACAGGCUGGACUUUGUUCAUUUUCAGCAAGCAAGGAAUGGCGGGUCUUGCAUAUAUCUCAAACUCUAGGCGCAUUUGACAUGAAGCCAAUUCAGGAUUGAGCAGUCGACCAGCGAAUUUUGCCUAUUCUUGUAUCUCCUCCCUGUGUUCAUCGUGACUGGUGGUAACUAAGACUCGAUCUGUCCGUGUAGCUCUUAGCCUGAGGUUGUGUUUGGACUAUUCGCCGGCGCGAGCACUCCAACUGUCGAAAGUAUGGCAAAAGUCGAGGUUUCGAU